AUAAAACAUCACCUACUUCUGUCAUAUUUUUUUUAUUAUGCAUAAAGAAAUAACUAAGUUUACAGCUAUAUUACUUAGUACUCCACCACCAUCCAGGGGCUGAAAUUUACGAUGGGUGUACCUCAACAAAAAUUAUUUGCUAGUAUGUCCCAUUUGAACAAAAUUUUACCAGAAGACCGAGGAGAUUGUGAUAUUGAAAAUGUGGCAGAUUUUUAUAAUAACGCUAAAAUUUUCGUCACAGGGGCUACAGGAUUUCUUGGUAAAGCCCUGCUAGAGAAGUUGCUGAGGUCUUGUGACAAAAUUGACGCAAUAUUUCUGUUAAUGAGACCUAAGAAGGGAGUGGCAGUAGAACAGCGGCUUAAAGAUUUACUAAAAAACUCGGUAUUCAAUAAGAUUAGAGAAAAAAAUUCGGAUGUCUUUGAAAAAGUGAAAGUGAUUCCAGGCGAUGUAGGUUUAUCUAAUUUAGGCUUGUCCGAUCAGGAUCUGGCAUUCCUUAUCGAUAAGGUCAAUGUGGUAUUCCAUUCGGCAGCUACCGUCAAAUUUAACGAGAAGCUUAAAAACGCAGUAAUAUUAAAUACGUUGGGUACUAAGAGACUACUAGAAAUAUGUAUAAAAAUGAAAAAUUUGAAGAGUUUUAUUCAUGUAUCUACCGCAUUUUCCAAUGCAGAAAAACGAACAAUCGAGGAACAAGUAUACGUUCCAUCUUUCGAUGCUGAGACAAUUAUUAAUUUGAUUGAAAAUCUACCCGAUGAACUGAUUGAAGCUAUCUCGGAUAAACUAGUGGGAAAGCAUCCGAACACGUAUACGUUUACGAAAGCUUUAGCUGAACAAUUAGUGUUACAUUAUUCAGCUAAAAUACCUACAGCUAUCGUCAGACCAUCUAUAAUUACUGCCGCUUGGAAAGAACCGUGUCCCGGUUGGGUGGAUAAUAUCAGUGGAAUAACAGGAAUCUUGAUGGAGUGUGGACGUGGAACAAUUAGAUCUAUCAUCUGCGAUGAUCGCUGCAGAAUGGAACUCAUCCCAGUAGAUAUAGUGGUCAGCAUCCUAAUCGCCAGCGCUUGGCACGUAGCAAUGGUGAGGCCAAAUACUGCUGAAGUUUACAACUGCACCAGCGGCCAGACUAGUCCGAUCACAUGGAAAGAAUUCCGGAAGUAUACUUUAAAACAUUCUGUACGAUGGCCCAGCAAGUACGUGACAUGGUACCCUGGAUUUACCUACAGAGUCAACAGAAACAUACACUCCAUGUGUACCUUCAUGUACCACAACGUUCCGUCCUUUGUACUGGACAUCUAUCUGUAUUUCAGCGGACAAAAGACGAUGAUGCUCAAAUUGGCAAAAAAGUUUAACCAGGCCCUAAAAGAAGGCAGUUUUUUCUCGACAAACGAAUGGGAGUUUAAAGAUGAUUCCGUGGUGAAAUUGGUAGAAUGCGUAAAAGGUGCAGGUGACGGAGAAUGUUUUGAAGUAGAUUUUACGCCAGAAAACGGAUUCGACUGGGACGACUACAUCGCAGACUUUCUCAAAGGCAUCCGUCAAUUCGUUCUCAAAGAUGACAUAGCUAGUUUAGACCAAGCCAAGUCCAAAUUAAACAGAUUAUUUUGGUUCCAGAAGAUACUACAAAUGGUAUUAUUAUACGUAGUUUAUAAAGUGAUAGGAUUAUAUUUUUAAAUCGAUUUUAUACAACCAUUUUUAUGUACUUACUAUUAUUUAUUUAUUUCAAAUACUUGAAAAUUACAUAGGUAUAUGUAAUUUAUAUUUUUUAUGUAUAUUUUUAACUGUUUUACUGACAGAUAGUGUAAU